AUGUCUGGUCGUGGUAAGGGCGGCAAGGGUUUGGGUAAGGGGGGCGCCAAGCGCCACCGCAAGGUGUUGCGUGACAACAUCCAGGGCAUCACCAAGCCGGCCAUCCGGCGUCUGGCUCGUCGUGGCGGCGUGAAGCGUAUCUCUGGAUUGAUCUACGAGGAGACCCGUGGUGUCCUCAAAGUCUUCUUGGAGAACGUGAUCCGUGACGCCGUGACUUACACUGAACACGCCAAGAGGAAGACAGUCACUGCCAUGGACGUUGUCUACGCCCUCAAGCGCCAAGGUCGCACUUUGUACGGUUUUGGUGGUUAAGCUGGGUCCCUCAG